AGGACGUUGUGCGUGCUAUACGUCAUGACGCACUGCUGCUAGGGUUUUCUCACCCUGCCCUUCUCUGAGAGCCGUCACACAUUCUUUGGUUUGCCGACUUCACGGACACACCUCAGCCAACACAGCCAUGUCUGACUUCUCGGAAGAUCAAAUCCUUGAGUUUAAGGAGGCAUUCCUGCUGUUCGACAGGACAGGAGAUGGGAAGAUCAGCUUCAGCCAGUGUGGGGACGUCAUGCGGGCCCUGGGACAGAACCCUGUCAACGCUGAGGUGCUCAAGGUCCUGGGCAAUCCCAAGGCUGAGGAGAUGAACACCAAGAUGCUAGACUUUGAGCAGUUCCUGCCCAUGUUCCAGGCCAUCGCUAAGAAUAAAGAUCAGGGCUCCAUGGAGGAUUUUGUGGAGGGACUGCGAGUCUUUGACAAGGAGGGCAAUGGCACAGUAAUGGGAGCAGAGCUUCGUCACGUCCUCACCACGUUAGGUGAGAAAAUGUCAGAGGAGGAAGUGGAGACACUCUUGGCGGGACACGAAGAUGCAAAUGGCUGCAUCAAUUAUGAAGAACUGGUCAGGAUGGUCAUGAACGGGUGAAGACGAAGAGCAUCCCACUUUUUUACCCUGUCACAUAUACCCUCUUUUUGCAGUUAGCUUCUCUCCCCUCACCCAGCCUUUUCCAUGGAUUAGUUUUCCACAUUUAAUUUAAGAAAGAAGUGCCUUUACAUUCCCUACAAAAGACCACAAAUGACCCUGGCUAUUGUUGCCAGGUCCAUUCACUUGUGUGACCAAGUUGUAUGCAUUCAGGAUUCUUUGUGCUUGCAUUGUUUGCAAUAACAUUCCAAGAUGCAGCACUUAAGACGACAUAAAUUGAUAAUGAUAUACUGUAACUAUUGAUACUAAUGUGUCAAUGUUGGAUGGGACAUUAAUAUAUACGUAAACGUAAUAACUGUCAGCGAUCUACUGUAUCAUUGGCACAAGAUUUGCUUUGGUUGAGGAACACGUUCCUCCUAUUCUGCAGUUAAAUGGUAUAUUCAAAGCCAUACUAUCAUGAGGUAGAAUGAAACAUUUCAAAUGGGUUCCCAUGUUUUUAAUUCACCACAAUUUUGUUGCUGCAUUUAAAUAAAUGUUUUUUCCUGAAAACCUA